AGUCCGAACCAAACCCGGCCGUGCCCUACGCCGCUGCCCCAACCGAGUCCACCUCGGCGUGAGCGCCCCGGAGACCCUAGGGCUCUGCGCAUAUAAAAGUCGGGCCCCGUGCUCACGUAUCUCCCGAAACCGAUUCGUCGCGCCGCAUCCGAUCCCGCCGCCCCGCGCCGAAACCCUAGCCGCCGCCGCCCUCCAUUGACGCGCCAAGUAGAGCUCGAAGCCUCGCCUUCCAGAGCCGCCUUGUCCGUCGCCAAGCAUCCCAGAAGCAAUCCUGGAGCCGCCGCAUCCCGUUUGGGCCGAAACCAACGCGUCCCCGGCUCCGGAACCAACUCCUCGCUCUACUCCGAUGACCUCCACCCCUCUCCUCCGACGAAUGGCAUCUCCCGGACCUCCCCGACGUGUUUACGUCCCAGGGCCGUUACCAAUCUUCUGCUCCCGCUCGCUCGCAGCCAUGGCGAGCAGCAUGGCGCUGCUACUGCUGCUCCUCCUGCCGGCGGUGGCGUCCACGACCGCCGAGCUGGACGAGAGGGAGCUAGCGUCCACCAUCGCCGAGCUGCUCAAGGCGGCGCUCAUGUCCACCGCAGCCGAGCUCGACGAUGUCGAGCCAGCCGACAGCGACGGCUACAGGACGUAUAUCGUCAUGCUCGAGCCACCAGAAGAAGGCCAAGAUGCCGAUGCUGAUGCUGCCAGAGCGUGGCACCGUUCGUUCCUGCCGUCGGCGACGACGGCACAAGGCAAGCCGAGGCUGCUCUACUCCUACCGCACCAUCUUUACCGGCUUCGCCGCGCGGCUGACAGAGAAGGAGCUCAAGGAGGUCUCUGCCAAGCCAGGCUUCGUACGCUCCUUCGACAACAACAUCUACCGCGCGCAGACGACGCACACGACUGCGUUCCUCGCGUCGUUCGUGGACCUGUCGAACCAUAUUGGGGGAGUCCCCCGAUAACUAGCCUGGUGUCGGCGGAUACUUGCCUCUGGACAUGGACAACGGGCACGUCUAAUACAAUCGAUGAUAAAUGAAUACUACGAAUUUGCUAUUUCACGUGUAGAUGUGAAAUAACUAUCUCACAUCUAAGUCCCUCGUCGUUAGAUUUGUUUUGUCUUUACAAUUCGUGCACUGAUGAUCUCUUCGCCUUUGAUUGUACUAUCUGGCGAUUUGUAGCGUGCGCUCGCUCAGCCCGCACGGGACGUGCAUGCAGCGUGCCAGCGUGGGCUGGCCCAUGUGUGCUAGCGUGGGCUGCAUUUCCAUUCUUUUAUUUUUCUUUUGUUUGUCUAUUGUUGUAUUGUCUGGACUGCAGCUGUUGCAGUUUGUGAGGUAUUUUUUUGUCUUUUUUUCAUUUCUUUUUUCUCCCCCUUGCGAUACUAUGAUA